AUGACGACUCUUGUUCGAUCGGGAACUUUUGCAAAUAAAUUGAUAUGCGGUUUCCGGUCGACACCUGUCACACUUGUGUCCGUACAAGCGACAGAAUCGAAACCAAGUCUACCGUUCCGCGAUGCUGAUCGUCUACAAACGAUCGAUUCGCUUCAAGCCGCACUCACGGUACAAUCAAUUCGACCCGGACUCUUUCAUUCGACUGUUGCUUCGAAAGGAAUCAAUCAGACUUCUUACCGAUAUGCGCACACAGAUGUAAGAUUUCCGAAUUUUGAUGACCUUCGUCCAUCGGCAACACUUGAUGCCACGACAGAAGCAAGAGAAACCGAAGACGAACGACGCGCAACGCCAGUAGCUGUCUAUUACGGAGUGGGUGGAAUGAUGGCGAUGAUGGUCGCAAAGGAAGCUGUCCAAACGUUCGUCUCAUACAAAGCGAUGGCAGCCGAUCAACGAGCGUUGGCGUCGAUCGAAAUCAAACUCUCUGAUAUACCCGAAGGCCAAACGAAAACAUUUGAGUGGCGUGGUAAGCCAGUAUUUGUAAAACAUCGAACAGCUGAAGAGAUUCAACGUGAGAAAAGUGUUGUAUUGAGUGAGUUACGAGAUCCGCAACACGACGAUCAACGAGUGGUCAAAGACGAAUGGUCGGUGGUGGUUGGUGUGUGCACACAUUUGGGUUGUGUACCGAUCGCUGGCACCGGUGAUUUUGGUGGGUAUUAUUGUCCGUGUCACGGGUCCCAUUAUGAUGGUUCGGGUCGUAUUCGUAAAGGACCGGCGCCGCUGAAUCUCCAAGUUCCAGAAUAUCUUUUCAAAGAAGAUAAAGUCGUCGUUGGAGUGUCUUAG